GAGUGUGUAUAUUCAAAAAUGGCAGACGAUCAGGAUGGAGGUGAUAAACCGCAGAUGAAAACAAGCAGUUCUAUUCAACAGAUGCUGACUUCUAUCAUCCAGGAACGAUGCAGAGACGUUGUCAAGUUCACAACAGAUGGAGAGUUUGAGUUGGUCCCCAGCACUGUGAAUGAUUUCUGGACCAGCCUCUUCACCAAGUACUUCCUUAGCGGUUCAGUGUCCACAGAUGACACCCGGGACGACAUGUUGUUUUAUGUCAGAAAGACUCCGAACCCUAAGGGCAAGUUUUAUAUUAAGACAGAGAUUGAAGUUUACCGAAGGGCCUCUAAAAAUGUGCCUUCCCUGGAGGACAAGUCCAUUAACUGGGAGGAAACCGUAUACCUCAAUAUAAUCCUACAUCAGUUUGAAUACACCGUGACGUGUGCCGUUUGUACAAGAACAAGUGAAAGUAAUCUUCAGAUCCUAAAGAAAUUUUCACAGCGAGUCUACCCAUCGCCAAGCAGACGACGGAUGGACAGCAAAGGCACAGAGGAGGAAAUCACUUACCCUAACAUCUUCUUCACUGUCGACAAUUUUGAGGAGGCGUUUGGAGACAUCAUUGUAAGAGACAGUGAGAUGGUAUGUGUUGAGCUCACAGCAGCAGACAGAAGGGGCAGCCUACAAGGAGUUAUCUUCCUUGGAUCAAUACGCUACGAAGCCCUGAAAAAAGUGUAUGAUGCACGAGCCAGCUUGACAUCUAAGAUGGUACAGACCAUGUCCUUGGGUUGGAUCAAGAACCACAAGCGGGUGGAGUUUGUGAGAAUGAGAGGCCCCCAGAGUAAAGGACAUGCUGAGGUUGCAGUCAGUCGGGUGGAAGGGUCAGGGCCGGAGACACCAGACUUGGAGAACUUCCCUGUUGAGGACUUUGAUGGUCAAGAGAGUGAACAACAACAGCAGAACCAGUACACACAGAGGAGGAUGAGUGAUCCUAGCUCCUCAAUCGGAUCGUUGGUGCGAGGGGGGAUCAGAAGGAUGAGCAUGAAGAAAUCACGCUCAGAGACAGAAAGAGUUGACCACACUCUGGACGUGGACGGAUGUCAUGAGGUCGAGGCCGGAACAAUUCAGGAAGAACUAAAAAACAAGGAGCAGUAUGAAGGUUUUCUUGGAAAAAGUUUCGGACAAGCCUGGCACAUAUUCAAGGAAAGAAAACGAGCAAACAGUGUGGCACUCAACUCCUACCUAACCUACAUCACUCUACCAUGGCACCGGAUAGUGGCAGAUGUUUUAGACAAUCGCCAAAAGCCUUCAUUGCUUUUCUGACAGAUAGGGGACGUGGUUGAGACACGUCGUAUGAAGAUGACCAGUCCAGUUAGUGUGACCAGUCCAGUUCGAGUAUAAGAUGACCAGUCCAGUUAGUGUGACCAGUCCAGUUAGAGUAUGAAGCUUAAGAUGACCAGUACAGACAUAUUUAGCAUAUGAAGGUGACCAGUACAGAUAGAGUAUGAAGAUGACCAGUACAGGUAUAUUUAUUAUAUGAAGGUGACCAGUACAGGUAUAUAUUAAUUAGCAUAUGAAGCUAAAAGAUGACCAGAAGUUAUAGCUGCAUGAAGGUGAUCAGCACAGUAAGUGCAAAUGUGACAGUAAAGUAAGCGAAUGCAGGUGACCAGUAGCAUAUGAUGGUGACCGAACAGUUAUAUUUAGUGUUUGAUAGUGACCAGUAGUUAUAGCUGCCUGAAGAUGGUCAGUAUAGUUUGUGUGAAGCUUGACCAGUACAUUUAACAUAUAAAGAAGACUUGUAUGUUUAGUGUAUGAAUUUAUGAAGAUUCAUAAUACAACAGGUAUGUGAAUAAGUAGAUAGUCCUGAUAUGGUCAUAAGAAUGUAGUCCUGAUAUGUGAAUCAGUGGUAACAGCUGGUAUGUGAAUCACUGGUGAAAGUUGGUAUGUGAAUUGGUAGUGACAACCGGCAUGUGAAUCAGUGGUGACAACUGGUAAGUGAAAAUAGUGAUUACAGCUGGUAUGGGAAUCAGUAGACAGUCCAUACAUGGUCACAUUCAUGUAUAAGUCUUGUUGAAGUAAAAUAGUAAGGUCCUGAUAUGUGAAUCAAUAUCUAUAGACAGCCUGCAUGUGAAUCAGUGGCUACAGCAAAAAUGUGAAUACCUAAAGUGGUGACAGCUGGUACAGUGUAUGUGAAUAGUUGUUGGCAACUGCUAUGUAAAUCUGUUGUAACAUUUGGUUUGUAAUGCAGUGGUGACAGCCAAUAUGUGAAUCAGUAGUGACAGCAGGUAUGUGAAUCAAUAAGAUUGUUGGUUGUCCACCAGUGUAACAGCCAGAAUGUGAAUCAGUGAUGAAAGCCACUGUAUGAAUCAGUGGUGACAGAUAGUAUAUAUAUAUAUAUAUAAGGUGUGAUAACAGCUAUAGUAUGUGCAUCAGUACCUAUAGAAAGUCAUAAGGUGAAUUAGUGGUGACCGUGAGAAUACAAAUCAGUGGUGGCAGCUUGUAUGUAAUCAGUACCUAUAUGGACAGCUGCUAUGUGAACACUGGUGACAGAUGGAAUGUCAAUAAGUGAUGAUAGAAGAUUUGGGAAUCAGUACCUGUAGACAGCUGGUAUGUAAAUCGGUACAUAUAAACAGAUGCUAUGUGACUCAGUGGUGACAGCAGGAGUGUGAAUCUGUGGUGACACUCUGUAUGUGAAUCAGUGAUGACCGUUGGUUUUCAUUUUUAAGGUGCGAUAGCCGGUAUGUGAAUCAUUACCUAUGAGCAGCUGCAAUGUGAAUCAUUGUUGAUUACUUCAAGGUGAAUCAGUGAUAACAGCUGGUAUGUGAAUCUUUCAAAAUAGCCGAUAUGUGAAUCAGUAGUUACAGUUUGAAUGUGAAUCUGAACGAGUGAUAACAGCCAGUAUGUAAUUCAGAAAUGACAGCCAGUACACAAGUUAGUAUACAACACAUACAAGGUCAGAUUGAGCUAUAAGUUUGGUAAAAUUAACUUUUACCAAACUUAUAGCUCAAUCUGACCUUACAUGGCCUUUUGCAUCAUAAUGAUUUUCUGAGUGAGAUGGAACUUUUAAGUGUCCCUUAAAUGACCCAAUUGUCUGUGACACCAUCUUACAUAAAACCUUGGUUGUUGCAUGGAUACAACAAACAAACCAUUAGAGUGAAAGUUCAACCAAGGUCCUUUUCAUGGUGAGACAGUUAAAUUCACAGUCAAUGUUUAUGGUAAUACAUGUACCAGAAACAUCACUUCAUUCCUCGUGCUCAGCGCUCAAAUUCAUUUUCCCUGACAUUUAGUAUCAACAAGCACAUUUUUAAAAUCUCCAUUGUCUGUUUGACCAUUACAGGAUGUUUCCUGAUUAAACAUUAGAAACUUAUAUUUGGCUCUAUUUACGAUGAGAGUAAGACAAUUUUUUCCUUCAACAAUGUUUAACUUUAAUAAUAGAUUUCAUUUAUAGUAGGACACACAUUCAUGUCGUAAUGUUGGUUAUAGAUGAAGAACACCACAACAGUGGAAAACGUUGUGUAGGACGACAUAAGGGUCAGAAUGUGAAGGUCAUCGAAUAUCAGACCCAAGCAGCCAUAAACAUGUGUAUCAAAUCAAACUAUUGGUAAAUUUGAUGUAUAUUUGUUGUUUAUGUUUCUAACUCACUGUAAAGCAGGAAUUUUACUGGGGGUAAAAUUUGUUUAUAAAUGGAGAAGAAUUAACCUGUUAAUCAAUAUAUAGUAGAAAUCAUUUAUUAAUUGAUUGUUUUUAUUUCUAACUGACUGUAAAGGCAAAUACUUUACUUGAGGUAAAAUUUGUUUAUGAAUGGAGAUCUAGUAAAAUUAACCUGGUAUUUAAUAUGAAGUAUAAAUCAUCUAUUAAGUGAUUGUUUAUAUUUUGUUUUCAUUUUGUAAAAACCACAAAAUAAACAAAUUAAAAUCCCCAAACAAAAUUCCUGACUUCAGGUUUAACAAAUAGCCUUUAGUUGUAUGUAGUUAAUUAACAUGAUCAUAUGACUGGUAUGAUCAUUGUAAAUCUAGCUUGUAAAAAAGUGUAAAUAUUCCUGUUUGAUAUUCACCUAUAAUGUAAUCAUGUACAUGUAUUAUUUUUCAACUAUCAGAUCUAGCUAGGGGUAUGAAAAGUAUUUUAAAUUAUUCUAAUAUCAGCAGGUAUAUACUUUGUUUCUUUUAAUAACACAUUUCAUUUAAAACAUGAAGCACAUUUAAUGUGAGUUUAUUAUCUAAUAUCACAUUCGGGUUGAUGUAUAAUAUCAUAUUUCAUUUAAUGCAACAUUUCAAUUAAUACCACACAGU